AUGCUCGAUGAUUCGCCCCAGCGCUUCUGGAUUGUCGUCUGUUCAUGCGCGCAUGGAUUCCUCUGCGGGCCCACUACAUUACACAUUCCUCCUCCGCCUGGCCACUGUAGCCACUCCGCUAGCAUCGGUGCGGCGAUGGAGGAGGAGCAGGAGGAGGAGGAAGUGGCGGUGCCGGGAUACGUGCGCGACGUUGAGGAAUUGUUGCGCGACUAUGUGAAGCGCGGUGAUCCGUCGCUGGCGGCGUUCAAAGCCGUGUGGCGAGCGCGCCGCUUCUCCUUUGUUCAUGACGCGUGCCCCAAAGACAUCGACCCGCGCCGCUUCCUGCAGCUGCUCUACGGGACGGCUUUAGGGUUCUUGCAGGCUGUGCCUUCCGGCUUCCAUGCCUCCUCCACCCAUCGCACCCCUGACGCCGCUGCACCCGGUACUGCCCCUGCUGCUCCUUCUGCCGCUCCUGCUGAUAGUGGCGCUGCGGGCGGAGAUGCAGCGCGUGAAGCAGCAGGGGCUGUGCCACAUACCGAAGGGCAAGGAGCGAGGGAGGGGGGUGCGGGGGAGGGGGGGGGCAGAGGGGAGGAGGAGGACAGAAGGGAGGAGCGGGAGAGAGGGGAGGACAGGGAGAGAGGGGAGGACAGGGAGAGGGGGGAGGAGGGUCGUGUGUUCGUGGGGGGACGCCUGCUGGCAGCAGCAGGGGCAGUGUUUAUUCUCUACUGCCUCUUCCACUCGCAGCGCAGUGCGCCCUAUCCGCCCACCCUCAUCUACCUGCCCCUUGAGGCACCCCAUCACAAGACAUGGGACGCCGUUGCUGCUCUGCAAGCUCUCUUCUUUGGUCCACUCUUUUCCCGUCCCUCUGCUCCUCCCCCUGCCUCCUGCUCCUCCUCCCCUAUUACUCCCGCUCCUCUCACGUCUGCGUUUGUGGUGGGGGCGGUGCCGCUGCCGCAGCAGCUGCAGGCGGGCUUGCAGCAGAGGGCAGGGCAGGCGAGAAGGCUGGUGGAGCAGCAGUUGCGAGUGAUGAAACGGAAGUUAUUUGCCCAUCUUCCCAUCGAACGCCACAUCCAGACUGAUGCUGCAGAGGCACUGGAUGUGGAGCAGGCCGAUGCAGCAUGCUGGCUCUAUGACAACUCCCUCCAGCGACUCAAAGCAUGUGGGUUGCUCACAGAGGGUGCAUCCUUUGCUCAGGAAGGCGAGCUGGCAGCCGUCUUUUCAGCCUACCGCGCAGCCAGAGAGGCAGCCAUGGGAGCAUUGGAGGAGAGGGGGAAAUAG